CCGCCCCUUUCUCUUGCAGCUUCAAAUAUUUUCUGCUCUGUUUGAAGAUCCUCCGAAAACAAAGUGCAGCGGCUCGAUACCUUCACCUUGGAUAUAAUUAGAAGCGUGCCUUUCCCGUCCGGCCAAUCACAGAAAGCCAACAACCACCCACCCUCCUUGACAGCGGCCCAUUAGCAUAGCCACCCCCGCGGCACCGCCAAUCUGCUGCCCAAGUCUUCUUCACAAACGUCGAAAAAGCCUCCUCUUCGCAGCUAUCACAUAUCUAACCGCUAACGGUGAAACACUACGGCUGCGGGCCGGCACUCCCAUGACCGCCAUCCCGCCUCUUGCAAGCGCCAACGUCAUGCGAUAGGCCGCAGGACGCUGCCCGCUAGACCGCUUUCUGUGGCCAAGCCACCAUUACAAGACAUGGAGGGCUACUAGAGACAGGAUUUAGAAAACAGCACAGAUUCUCACAGCCCGAUUCUAGUGGCUGUGUGCAGUGUUAGGCGUCUGCAGACUGCAUCUAGCCCUUCAGCUUCGGGGUAUGGGCUGCCCUCCUGCAGUGUUUCUGGGUCGUCGAAGGAGGUCUCCUGAUUCGAAAAUAGCAUCAGAAGGGCUCACUUGUGCGGCCGUAGCGAAAGCUAUGCUCUAAUAGGUGAUUUGAAGAUGAAUUCCCGGCUGUAGAAGGUCUUGUACCUGAGUCGAAGCUGGCAUCGUCACCGACAUAGGUAAACGCGCCGCUGUGCAUAAAUAGUAGACUGACUUCCAUCGUGUUGUUUCGAGUCUACAACCUUACUACUAUCUUUCUUUGCCUUUUUCCUUUUUCACUAGCCCAAUAUGCCACUUUAUGAAGCUCACGAGAGCAACAGUGACGUGGACGAAGUAUCAGUCUUACCGCAACUCAACACUGACGCUGCUAAGGAUGCGUUUGCCAUAAAGUUUGACAAGUUAAACUUGUCAGAGACGGAUGUACCUAGCGACUCUCCACCUUCUAGCCCAAUUAAUGCUUCUCACGACUGCGCUGAAGAGCCGCAAAGUCCAAAAACAGCUCUUCCUGAGGACCCAUUCGAAAGUGCAGCAAGCAAAGUAUUGUUCGAGGCCAUUGACAAGCUUCAAUCUUGCAACGCCAGACGAUAUAUGAAUAAUAUCCCACAACUCGUCAUUGUUGGCGGACAAUCUGUGGGCAAAUCGUCGCUGCUCCAAAGCUUGACUGGUAUCCCAUUCGCAGUAGGCAGUACACUCUGCACUCGAUUUGCGACCAGGAUUGUAUCUCGACGCUCUGAACCAGGUUCGCAAACCGUGAUACGCAUCUCCAUUUCGCCACCAGAGUUCGCGGUUCCCGGCAUCGAACUGGCCGACCCCGAGGUUUAUAAACGUUUUGAUGAGAUACAUGGCAGCAUCACCAGCGAUGACUUUGCCAACAUUAUCGACAUGGUCUCCGAAACUUAUCUUGGCAUUCGCCCAGGCUCGGGCAAUAUACACAAGAACUUUGCUGCUGAGGUUUUGAAAAUCGAAAUCUCCGGCCCAACCCGUGCAUACUUUAGCAUCCUGGAUAUUCCAGGCGUUUUUGAGAAUUCUGAAAGAGUUAAAAAGUCUGAAGCCAGCGGAGUGAAAAACAUGGUUGCGGAGUACAUGCGGCAAGAGGACAACAUUGUCAUCUGCGUUGCUGACGCCAAUACGGAUCUUGCAAACCAAGCUAUAUGCGAAAUUGCCCGGGACCGGGCUACCUCAGAUCGUCUUGUAGGCGUAUUUACAAAAUGUGAUCGUGUGGAGAACACGGACGCAGUGGUUCAUACUGUAGUAAGCGCUCCUAAAGGUGGUCAGUUCUCUAAGCACGGAUGGUUUGUUGUGCGAAACAAGAAGGGCCUUGAUGACGAUGUCGUCGACUUUGACCUGGUUUCUGAAGAAGAUCAACUCUUUAGCAGCAAGGCUUGGGACGAAAUCCCGUCAAGCCGAAAGGGUACUACGGCACUGAAAAAGUACCUUGGCCAUAUUCUGAGUGAGCGCAUCCGUAGUGCCUUUCCCAGCAUUAUCCGACAAGCACAGCUGCUCCAGCGAGACGCUGUGCGAGAGCUCACGUCGCUGGGGAGCGAGCGCAAGACCGUUUCCGAGCAGCGCUCGUUCUUAGCCACAAUUGCACGAAACUACGAGGCCAAGGCUACUGAAGCCUUGAUGCAGCCGUGGUGCAUAACAAGUCCUGAAUCAAGAGUCAGGUCCAUUGUCAAGGCUACCAAUGAGUCGUUUGGGGCCAAGAUGCGAGCCUAUGGCCAUACCUACUGCUUCGAUAACAACAUGGAGUCAUUCGAUGAUAUGAUCCGGAAACUCCAGAACGAAAUGUAUCCGGAUGAGUCUGUCGAUUUAACCGAGAGCAUUGAGAGGCCAGAGGUGUUGAUGCCGGCCGACGACGAAUUCUCCGAGGUCCUCUCUACAGAAGACCUUUUUGACAAGAUUGCCGAGGAGGUGGCCACGUUCAGCAGUGCCACUCUGCCUGGCAUGGUUCACCCGGAUAUUAUCCCACAACUGUAUCGGCUGCAAACCCAGAAAUGGAGGCAAAUUGCCGAGGAGCACGUCAGGAACAUUAGUGAUGCCAUUACCACGGCCACAUGCCACCUAAUCCAGAGUGUCUGCCCAAGAGGCAAUGAUGCUAGCAUUUUGAAUGCCGAGAUAUCCGAGAUCAUUUCGAAAAUGCACAGGCAAACACUGUCUCGCACACUGGAAGCGCUACAUGACUACUGUGACGGCAACCAGUCUCAGCUGUUGCAAACUGCAGACCCAACCUUUUUAGAGAGGCUUCAGAAACUCCAGAAAGUGCGGCUCAUCAACGCAUUUAACAGGGGCAGUGUUCUGUUUCGCGAGGCCACAGCAGCAAGGGCCAGCAGUCUACAAGCAGCAUGCGAGCUCUUUGCGCAGUGCCAUCCAUCAGCAGCGGCCAAUACUUCCAACGAUGUCCAUGAUACAUUGAAGGUCUACUACGAGGUACGUUUCUUCUUUAUGAUUGAACUAUAAAACGUAGCUAACACAUGGCCAGUCUUCCUUGGAGCUGUUUGUUGGUCACGUUACCAACACAAUUGUAGAGAAGUUCUUGAACGACAAGAACGGCAGCCUCUGCGGCUUCUCGUUUGACUACAUCUUCAAACUAGACGACUCCACUAUCACCAAACUCGGUCAGGAGAGCAAAGCCGUUGUAGAGCAACGAGAAUCUCUUCGUGUCCGAAUCCAGACCCUUGAAUUGGCAGAAGAGACGGCACGUGAAGCGUGGGCCAAGGCGGCUUCGCUGAGCUAGAGGCAUACUCGAGCGUUUUGUAUCAUAGUAGAUUUGUUGGUUUUUGCGCAAUUGAUCAAGUUUCUUUGAAUAAGUCACCUGAAUGACAAGUCACCUGCUCCAUCCCUAUCAAACCCAUAUUAAUGUCCUCGUUAAAGCCG